UCAAAUAUUUGACAAUAAAGCUACCAAAUUUCCUCUUCCAUUAGCUCACAUUUCUCUGUUACACACAAUCAUUCCGCAAGAGUUCUUUCUGUUUAUAUUCCGUCAUCCAUGGCCGUUUCUCCUAGAGUUCUCCCGCCAAGAAAGCGGCGGCCGUCACCAUCUCCGACAUUAGCAGACUUAAACCUGAUCAAUUCGCUUCUUUCUCUGUCUCAGGAAAUCUCGACCCUUAAACCUCUUCAAUGUCUUCUCAUUCGAAAGUCUCUUUCCAUAAUAAACACGUCCAAGCUUCUUGCAAUCUUAUUCGAAGAGCUUCUUCGAGAUUCAGUUUCUAACGUCUUCUUCUCUCCUUCAACACUCCUCUGCUUCGAAGAGAUGUACAUUGUUUUACAGAGAAUAAAAGCUUUGAUCGAAGAUUGUUCCAAUGGAAGCAAGAUGUGGAUGCUCAUGCAAAACUCACAUUUGGCCAGCAGUUUCCAUGAGCUCACCCUCGAAUUAUCAACUGUCCUCGACAUUUUCCCUGUCGAAGAAUUUGAUCUGAGUCAAGACGUGGAAGAACUCGUCGUUUUGGUUAGAAAACAGUGCUCCAAAUCAAAACCAUCGGUAGAUCUCAGAGACGAUUCUCUCAGGCGAGACGUUUUAGCUUUGCUCGAUCUCAUCAAGAAAGAGAUCGUCCCGGAUCAUUUAAAGCUCAAACGGAUCGUGGAGGAUUUAGGAUUAAUCGAUUAUUCAACUUGUAGAGAAGAAAUUUCGAGUCUCCAACAAGAAAUCCAGAACAAAAGCGAUGAAAAAUCCAAAUCGGAGAUUGUUUCUUUGAUCGGACUCGUUCGUUACGCUAAAUGUGUUCUAUUUGAAUCUUCAACGACGGAGAAACCAGGCUAUCGCCGACGAAAAUCGAUGUCAGAUAUUACUGUUCCAGUAGAUCUCCUGUGCCCGGUGAGUUUAGAGUUGAUGCGGGACCCAGUAGUCGUGGCUUCCGGACAGACGUACGAUCGGGAGUCGAUUAAUCAAUGGAUUGAAUCUGGACACAACACGUGUCCAAAGACAGGUCAGACUCUGGCCCACACGAACCUCAUCCCUAAUCGUGCUUUGAUGAAUCUUAUUGCCACGUGGUGCCGUCAACAAAGGCUCCCGUUUGAAACGGCGGGAAAUAACAAUAAGGCUAACGGCGUUAGAGCCGCCUUUGAAUCUACGAAAAUGACGGUGUCCUUUUUGGUCAACAAACUGUCGGGUUCCCCGUCCAUGGAGACGGCUAACGCUGUCAUUUAUGAGCUUCGUGCCCUCGCUAAAACUGAUUCGGAUACCCGAGCCUCAAUUGCCGAAGCUGGCGCCAUACCAAUCCUUGUCCGAUAUUUAGCUCCGGGUGUAGGCUCCGAGCACCCAAACCUCGAAGUGAACGCCGUUACAACGAUUCUUAAUCUGUCCAUCCUAGAAGUAAACAAAACGAAGAUCAUGGAAACUGACGGAGCUUUAAACGGUGUUAUCGAGGUAUUACGUUCGGGUGCGACGUGGGAAGCCAAAGGAAAUGCAGCCGCUACAAUUUUCAGCUUAUCAGAUAUGCACGCGUACAGGAGAAGGCUAGGGAGGAGGACACGCGUCAUCAAAGGAUUGAUGGAUUUGGCGAAACAGGGGCCCACAAACACCAAAAGGGAUGCACUCGUGACAAUUUUGAAUUUGGCGGGAGAUAGGGAGACCGUUGGGAGGUUAGUGGAGGGAGGAGUGGUUGAGCUCGUGAGCGGAGUCAUCAACCUGAUGCCGGAAGAGGCAGUGACGAUACUCGAGGCGGUGGUGAAGAGAGGUGGAUCAGCGGGAAUUGCAGCCUCCUAUGAUUUAAUAAAGAAAUUAGGCAUAAUUUUGAGGGAAGGUUCAAAUACUAUGAGAGAAAGGGCGGCUGCUGCUUUAGUCAUAAUUUGUAGAAAAGGGGGAUCAGAGAUUAUGGCAGAGCUAGGAAAAAUUCCGUCAAUCGAAAGGAUUAUAUGGGAAGUGAUGGGGACAGGAACAACGAGAGCUCGACGGAAGGCGGCGACACUACUUAAGGCUCUUCGAACAUGGACUGCUGGUUUGGAUAUAAAUCGCGCCCUCUGUACCGUGCUAUACGAUGAUUUGGCGCCACUACAUGAAUUAACAAAUACUCAAAUUAUUGAGUUAUAUGUUGAGGUGCGCGAGAUAUAUAAUGUUCCCGGCUCAUCCAGAAACCUAUUUAGAAAUUCAUCUGAAAUGGGUCUUGCCAAUGGGACAUCGAGUGCAUUUAAUCCAUAUUGUUGCCUUUCGAUAUACGCAUAUGUUGAUCCUAAUGUAGAUGUUGUCGUUGAAGCCUUCGAGGUUGUGGGGGAAACACUUAUCGAUUCUAGCGAUGAUGACGAAGAGGAUAUCUAUUUGAUUGGUGAUGACUUUAUUUUCGAUGGCAGUGAAUUUACUUCUAACGAUGACGUAAUUACAUUCUACCAACCUCCUACUCACAUGAACUUAAUAGAUUACGAUGCGAUGAAGGUGCUUGAAUUUAUGCAGAUGGCUUCGGUAUCACAGCCGUCAAAAACCAAGCAGAAUCACCAUUUUCAUCCCAGAAAAUCUUACUACUUCACUAGAGAGCUUGUCCCCAGUGAUGGAUUCAAUGUUUCUCCUACGAAAAAUAACAAAUCUUCAGCUUCCAAUUUACUUGACCCGCCCAGAAUAUCAAUCAUCUCAAAAACGAUCCAGGAAAAGAAUCAUCUAGGAAGCAUGUUAGCUCCUCUGUUUCUUCCGGUUGUCUUUAUCGUGCCACGCUCUGGACAAAGCCUGAUUCUCCGCCGCAAUACUCAGCUUCCUCCUCCUCUGACGGCGUCUCUCAGCCGCAAGAAUUCAGGUCUGACUGCGUUAUCAUGA